AUGUCUAGUAUAUCUGGUCAAAUUGCUAUUCUAAACGAAAUUACUCUCCAAUUUGCUCGUAUUUCACAAAUAAUCUUAUUAAUAUUAGGCUUUUUUGGUCUAACGUUAAAUACAAUUAUAUUUACUCGAAAAUCAUUUAAAACUAACAGUUGUACAUUAUAUUUUCUUGGAUCAACAUUGGCAAAUUAUUUUGUUAUCUAUUUUGUUUUAACAAGUCGAUUGUUAUCGGAUGGUUAUCAAAUUGAUCCAGGCACAUAUUCAAUUAUCUAUUGUAAAAUUCGUUUUUAUACUUAUUAUACAACAAAAUCUUUAGCUUCUUGGUGUAUUGUUCUUGCAUGUGUGGAUCGAUUUUUAUCAAGUUCAAGGAAUAUUCAUUAUCGUCAAUUUUGUCGAGUUAAAAUCGCACGUUAUGUAAUCUGUAUUACGUCUUUAAUUUGUGCACUAUUUUAUGUACAUGUGCUCGUCUAUUUCAAUAUUCAAACUAAUCGAACGUGUGAUGCUCCUCCAGGUUUCUACGGAAUUUUUUCGGAUGUUUUCUAUUUAAUUGGAUAUAGUAUUAUUCCACCUUUACUGAUGUGUAUAUUCGGAGUAUGGACAGUGUGUAACAGACAUAACACACGUCAUAGACAAAUUGUACCCGAUAUUACUUAUAGACGAUUACUAAAGAAAGAUCAGCAAGCAAUGAUUAUGUUGUUAACGCAGUGUAUUCUCAUUGCACUUACAACUAUUCCACAUGCCAUACAAAAACUCUAUGUUACACUGACACUGACAACAUUAAAAAGUCCUUAUCAACAAGCGCAAGACAGUCUCUUCUCGCAAGUUGUUCGAUCAAUAUCGUUUGUAAACCAUAGUUGUACAUUCUACAUUCUAACGUUAUUUGGACGAACAUUUAGAAAAGAAUUGAUCAAAUUAUUUAGGGCAAUGACACAGUUCUGUAGCAAACGUACUAAUAUUCAAAAUGCACAUUCAAUUACCGCAAUGACAGAACAGAGAAAUAUUCACAUUGUUCUGAAAGGAAAGAAAAAUUGA